UUGACAGUGAUGCGUGAAAACGUAAACAACAACAAAUACACCUUGACCGUGACAAUGUAGAAGGGGUGAUAUUCCAUGGAAUGUGAGAGGAAUAUGAUUGUAUGCAGUACUACGGGAAUAAUAGUUAAAAAUACUCCGUCCGCUACAAAAGGAGAGAAGAAUGUAACUAUCGUAGAACCCCCUGACAUACACUUAAAACAGGAGUGGAAGAAAAUUACAGAUAAGAGACAUAAGAUAACUUCACUUAUUGACGAACAAGUUGAACAGAGAACCAAAGAGUUUAAAAUUCAAAAUGAAGUAACUACGUGUAAAAGAUUUUGCACAAUAGUUAGAAAAUACGUUUGUUAUCUGUAUAUAUUUCUUCUAUGCUGCUUACUGAUAACAAUGACUCAGGCCAGUGUCUGCCACAAGUACAAUUCACGGUGCGAACUCUUCUGGUACGAAGUGAUCCUCUCGGGAUUGGUCGACUGCUUUGUGACCACGUGGCAUGAGCGCAUCCCUGUUGUAAAUUUACAAUGACCUGCAGUAAUAUUUUAAUAUUUUACAAAUUGGAUCAAACAUAAUUUUAAAUGUAUAUAUGUAUGGAAUUAGAAUGCAUAAUGUGACACUAUCACUAGACAGACAAAUAUAUAAAUUUUAAAAGUAA